AUGUCCACCGAAGAACAGACGACCCAGAACACACCCUCUAGCGACAAUGCUACAGGCUCUGUGCAGCCUCAGCGUGCUAGGUCAGAUAUCAAGGAUAAAAUCACCGACAAGAAGCAGAAGCUCAAGGAUAAGACGGCGCCGCCCGGCGGUUUCGACUCGACUCCCCUCCCCGAUGCCCCUCCGGGAUUCACCGUCAAGAUCACCUUCAUCAGGGCCUCGAACCUUCCAAUCGCCGACCUGCGCGCACACUCAGCUGACCCUUUCGUCCACGCAACUCUGAUGACAGACGUGCCCAGUAGACACAAGGAGGAUCCUGUCCUGACGUACAGGACUUGGACUGUCAAGAGGAGCACCGAGCCCGAAUGGAACCAAGAAUGGGUCGUCGCCAACGUCCCCCAGACCGGGUUCACGCUCGAGUGCCGGUUAUUCGAUGAGGACGACAUGGACCUCAAUGACCGCCUGGGCACUGUCACCAUCAGAGUACCGCAUGUCGACGCAGACUGGGAGGGAUUUGGGCCCGACGGCAAGACGUUCCCAGUGAAGAAGCGCAAGGGAAGCAAACGUGCCUACCUUCUGAAGGCUGCCAUGACCGCCUUCAGCAAGACUACCUCCAUGACCCCCUUCUUGACUAUCGGCGUCGACGUCCUGGGCCCGUCUGACCCGCCGCACGCCCAGAUGUACACGGUCGGUCCGACGAGCUGGGUCAGACACUUCAGCCCCACCAUUGGUCGGUUAGCGGGGGUCAAGGUUAACAAGGAUGAGGGCCAUGAUGCCGAUGGUCCCACGGCGGAUGGUAGAAAGAGCAAAGAGACCCAGAAAUAUGAUUUCCAAGCCAACGAGAUCCAACUGGCCGGACCCGUACCCCCAAAGCUAUACCACCGCUACGUCGAGUUCCGGCCGCUGAUAGGGAUGAUGUUCUCGUCCCACGGACUGCGCGGGCGUAUCCUAAACAAGGCCCUCCACAAGCAGCACAAACGGGUGUACAACUACGACUCGUCAACCGAGUACGGCAGGUUCGAGCCGAGGAGCACUGAGGCGUCGCUUCAGUUCCUCAAGAUGGUGCACUUCGACGAGGGGGGCCGGAUAUUCACCUAUGUUCUCACCCUCGACGGCCUGCUGCGCUUCACCGAGACGGGCAGCGAGUUCGGCAUAGACCUCCUGAGCAAGCAUACCAUGCACUCGGACGUAGCCACAUACAUCGCCUGCUCGGGCGAGUUCUUCAUCCGCCGCGUAACCAACCGAAAGCCAGGCCAAAACGGGAGCCGGGACGGAAACGGGAGCCGGGACGGAAACGGAAGCCGGGACGGAAACGGAAGCCGGGACGGAGACGGCGCCGCGCCGAAAGCAGACCCGCAGCCGCAGCCGCCGCCGCACAACCCGGCCGACUACCAGUUGGUGAUCGACAACGACAGCGGCACCUACCGGCCGGACAAGUCCGUGCUCCCCGACCUGGCGGCCUUCCUCGAGAGCAACCUGCCGGGCCUCGACGUGCGGGCCAUGCACUGCGCCGACGACGAGCUCGCGCAGCUCAAGAAGGAGCAGCUGCAGAUCAAGAAGCGCGAGCUGCCCCGCGUCAACAUGGUCCUCGCCCGGAGCCCGUCGGCGAGCAGCUUCGGCUCCGGCGCGAGCAGGUUGUCGGAGCUUGAGAGGGACGGUGACGGGAGGCUGCCGCCGAGGAGUAAGAAGGAGAGGGUGUGGGAUGUGGUCGAGGAUCCGAGACGGUUGAAGGACUGGAAGGGCGUCGUGGGCGGUGAGCGGCCCGCGGGUGGGGAUUCUGGAGGAGGAGCAGCGGUGACUGGGUAA